AUGUCAGGAACAACCGGACUAAAUUCACAAGUCAUAAUUCAGAAGGAAGGAAGUUCUCUUUCCCAAUUCCAGUGUCCUAUUUUGAAAGCAACAAACUAUAUGGUUUGGGCAAUUCGCAUCAAAACGAUUUUGGAAGCGAAUGGACUUUGGGAAACGAUUGAACCGGCAGAAAAUACGCAAACGGAUGUUAAGAAAGAUAAGGCUACAAUUGCUUAUCUAUUCCAAGCAAUACCGGAGGAUGUUGUAUUGCAAGUUGCAAGUUGUAAAACUACAAAGGAAAUUUGGGAAAAUCUCAAGAAAAGACACGUUGGUGUUGAUCGGGUACAGAAGGCUCGUUGGCAUACACUUUUAUCAGAAUUCGAGUUAAUGCAAAUGAGGGAAGAUGACACUAUAGACUCCUUCACCGCAAAUAUAAACAGUGUAGUUACCCGGGCAAGCGAAUUAGGGACAACACUGAGUCAACCGACUUUGGUACGCAAACUCCUGAAUGCAGUGCCAGAUAAGUUUACUCAGAUUGUCGCCUCGAUGGAACAGUACUCUGAUCUAGAAACAAUGACGCUAGAAGAAGCGGUCGGAAGGUUAAAAACGUUCGAAGAAAGACUUAAGCAAAAGAAAGGAAGCCGAGGAGAAAGUCAAGACAAGUUGAUGUUUACACAUCACGACAACAACUCAGGCAGAGGGAGACAGUUUGGAAAUCGCGGGCGUGGCAGGUUCAACCAACCGCGUGGAAACUGGCGAGACAAUAAAGACAGGCAAAGCACUAAGAACAAAGGAUCUUCGUAUAGACCCAGAGGUGGAAGGUCUAAGAAUUCGAGGAAUUUUGGAAGAAACGAAACAGAUAUAAGUAAGAUCCAGUGCUACAAGUGUCAGAAGUAUGGACACUUCAAGAAAGACUGUCAUGAGAAAGAUGUUGUACAAGAACAUUCAAAUCUCGUUGAGGAAGACGAAACACCCGUAUUGCUAAUGGCAAUACAAGAAGAAAACGUUGUUCAAGAAAGGGUUCUACUAAAUGAAGAACACAUAGAACCAACAAGUUACACCUCAGAAGAUGAAAGUCUAUGA